UCCAUUUACUCACUUCUUCACUUUCCACUCUUUCAUCCAACACCGCGCAGAAAUGGGCGAUCCAGGCGUUUCCACCGACUCUGCCGGCCAGAGUUCCCUCUACGAAACUUUCAAGGCUAACUUCACUCGCCCGCACGAAUAUGGCGAGCUUCUUGCACAUGAUGCAAUUCGUCGCCUGUUUCCCAACAAACACAUCACCCCGGUCUUCGAUUACGAUGCGAAGCUGUUUGCCUAUGCGGAUGCUGGUCAUGCCAAAGCGAGGCUCAUCCGCCAAGGAGACGACUUCCUAGCAUUGCGAGACUACACGCCGCCUGCUCUGCGUCUGGAGGGUGGUCACGGGAAGCUCUGCGACAAGGUCCGCUUCGGCCUGUACCAGUACGAGUAUGAGGGCUUUAGCUUCGAGAUCGUCCGCGCUCAGUGGUACACCCAAUAUGCUUACAGUCGUCGGGAAAAGGUGCACUUCAUUUUGACCCCAAGGGAUGGCACCAACGAGCAGUCACAUUGCCAUAAAGCAGAUGCGCUCAUUACUGCCGCGGGAAAGUGGACGGCUCAACUCCACGACGAAGUGUACGUCUUCGAUCAAAGCUACUGGGCAAAGGACAAAUCACUUUGGGCUGCUGUACAGGCAUCCACCUGGGACGAUGUCAUCCUUGAUCCGGCAAUGAAGGCCAAUAUCAUCAAAGACGUUGAGGGAUUCUUCGACAGCCGUGCCAUUUACGAACAAUACAAUGUUCCAUGGAAACGCGGACUCAUCCUGCACGGCACUCCUGGCUGUGGUAAGACUAUCAGUAUCAAGGCUCUCAUGAACUCACUUCAAAGUCGGGAUGUUGUCAGUCUCUAUGUCAAGACACUGAAGAAUUGCCAGGGAGAAGAGUUCUCCAUCCGGACCAUCUUCGAAAAGGCUCGAAAAAUGGCACCGUGCAUGCUCAUCUUUGAAGAUCUGGAUUCCCUGGUCAACGAUAAAAUUCGAAGUUACUUCCUCAACGAGGUCGAUGGUCUGGAGAGAAACGAUGGCAUCCUCAUGAUCGGAAGCACGAACCACCUCGAGAGACUCGACCCUGGUAUCUCAAAGAGACCAAGUCGUUUCGACAGAAAGUACCACUAUAAACUCCCAGGAGAGAAUGAGAGGAUCGCGUACUGCAACUACUGGCGCAAGAAGCUGGAAAGGAACAGCAACAUCGAAUUUCACGACGAUAUCGCUGGGAUUUUUGCGCAGCUGACUGACGGAUUCAGCUUCGCUUACUUGAAAGAAUUGUUUAUACAAACCCUUCUGACAAUCGUAGGCGGUCGUGCGGAUGCCGAUGAUGAGGAUGACGAGUAUGAGCGAGUCUCUGGAGAGGAGGAGGCAAGACAGCAUUUGCAUGUUGCAGCCGGAUCAUCGUUGGACAACAAGAAGUCGACGACGAAGGACGAGAAGCCUUCACGUCAAAUGGCAGAAGUUUCCAUUCCCGAACAUCUGCAAGAGAAUACACUCUUACGUGUUCUACACAAGCAAGCUAAAGGCCUGUGGCGGGAAAUGGAUAAUUCUUCCGAUGAUGAGAAUGUGGAAAUGGCCGAGGAGUCCAAUGAGCAUGACGGUGGGGAUCAAGGUGAUUGUUGUUCUGGUGGACAGAUCCUGGGCAACGUGCAAGCUGUGCCUGUUCGCCAUUAG